AACAAUAUCUCAUGUUUUUACUUAUAUAUGUACCGAAAAGAAAUAUUCAGACAGAUUCAUCGUGUUUGGAAGACUCGAGCUCUCCUUUUCGCAGGAAAGAACUCUCGGAGAAGUGUGAUAUCUUAAAUCACGUGAAUAAUUAUUAUAUAAGAACAUACAACGGUUUAUUUCGAAUUUCUUACGCAACUGUUACUUGCAAAACACUGAUCGACGAUCGAAGUUAAUCUGAUCCUUUUUAGGGAAAAUAUACGUCGAGCAGGUCUUUCUAGUCGCAGCUAUUCACGAUGGUCUCAACAUGGGAGGAUUUCUAUGCGAAGCAUCCACCCCCUCAAGACCUGGCACAAAAUGAACAGGCGUUGAAGGAAUUCACCAGGAAGCAUCUCGAGGCUGGUAAUAAAGUGGUAUUGGUGACGAGUGGUGGUACGACAGUACCCUUGGAACAUAAUACAGUGAGAUUUGUAGACAAUUUCAGUGCGGGUACAAGAGGCUCAGUUUCAGCGGAAUACUUUUUGGAGUAUGGAUAUGCAGUUAUUUUUAUGUAUAGAGUUAAAUCUUUGGAACCAUUCUCGAGACAUUUUAUAGGUCAGAAGUUUUUAGACCUGCUUCAAAUAUCAGACAAUGAGAAUCCUGUUAUUACAGUACUGUCAGAACAUACGCAGAAGUCUCGAGACAUUCGAGAAAAUCUAUCCUCAAUCCAUAAGAUUUCCUCGAGUGGGCCGCCAACUAUAUCUCUUCAAUUAGUACCAAAGAUUUUAGCUCCAUUAGUCAGUUUGUGGGUACCGAAAGCAUUUGUAGUUUCAUUUAAAUUAGAAACCGAUGAAAGCUUGCUGAUUUCUAAGGCGAGGACUGCCCUUAAUAAGUAUCAUCACAACCUUGUAAUAGCCAACAUGUUGCAAACUAGAAAGCAACAAGUGAUUAUUGUAAGCAAGGAAACCAAUUACGUUUUAUCUCUUACAAACGAACAAUUAGAUAAUGGUGAAGAAAUUGAACAAUUAAUUGUAAGAGAUCUCAUUGAAAAGCAUAUAAAGUAACUAUGUGGU